UGACAAGCGUAGAAAACUCCAUCAACAGCGGCCAUUUUGCCCUGCACAGGACUCUGAGAAAUUUUGAUAUUUGUAAUCGAAAUUUCGGCCAUUCGUGAUACUCAGGGCCGCUCGAGGCGGCGUGUGAAGCUAAUUAGGUACAUCCUGUUGAGCUUUGUCGAGUCAAAGUCGGCCCGCAACCCCUUUUGGUGUCACAAACGGACUUUGUGUUUGGCCGCUGUGGUUUCGGACACUAAGUGGGCACGGAGUGAGAGGCAGGCCGCAAGAGGCAUUAGAAGAAGAUGCCCACCGAUGGGGCCGCCGCUCUGUGAGCAGGUGAUCGGCGCCGCUGUUAUGCAUUCGACGCCGCAGCGUUCCGUCAGGACAAUGAAGUGAGCCUCUGUGCGAAAAAAGCGUUUCUCGCGCGUUUCGAAAAAUUAUAUUCGAAGCACCGCAAUCGUCAACAAGACCAUGGCUGAUCACAUCGUAGACGGACCGCCGAACAAGCGGCAAAAACUCACCGACCCUUUUCAGGGUCCAUCAGAUUCGUCUGUCAUGCUCCAUCACAAUCCCUACGAAUUUGGGUCCUCGUCUCCGCUGGGCGGAGAAGACGCUUCUUCCAACCCGACGUCGUGGAGAACGCAGAAGAGAAAUCUCUUCUCUAACACGGACAUGUUGGACUUGGAGAACGACCUUCCCGACGAGCUCAUGUCCUCGAGCUCGUGGAGCGCCAACGAGGUGGCCAAGCAGCCGACAAGCACCGGCCAGGCUAUGCAGAACGGUGACCCUGGCGGCGGCGGCGGCAUGUCCGGCCCUGACAACGGGGGAGGCUCCAGCCUCAACCAGCGCCACCCCAACCUGACCCACCUGAUGAACAAGGGCGCUGGGCCGGGCGGACACCUUGGUCCAGGUGGCCCAAAAACGAUGCAGUCGCCGCCGAACAAGCCCGACCAGCAGCACCUCAUGAUGGGCGGCGCCGGCGGUGGACAGGCCGCCUCUGUCAUGGCCAACAAUAACAACCUUAUGGCCAUGGGCAUGGCCACGGGCAACGGCAUGCCCCCCAAUGCGAUGAACCCGCUCGGCGGCACCAUGGGGCUUAAGCAACAGCAGCAGCAGCCUGGCCAGCAGCAGAUGAUGGGUAUGCACCAGGCCAAUGGACCCAUACUGGCCAACCGGCCCAUCAUCAGAGGCCAGCACAUGCAGCAGCUGCAGCAGCAGCAACAGAUUUUGGGCGUGAAACCGAGAGCAAAUCUUGUUUCAGGCCAACGGUUGCCCCAGGGUGGAAACAACCCUAUGAUGGGUGGCCCCGGCAGCUACAACUAUGGCUCGCCGAACCCGCAGAUGGGGCCGCAGAGGAGCAUAGCGCCUCCCAAUAUAAACAUUGGCCAGCGCUUCCAAGCCCCUCAGCAGCAAGCGCAGCAGGGAGCCCAACAAGUGGCGAACGCGGCGCAGCAGCAGGUCCAGCCUGACGGAGGCCAACAAGUGGUGCAGCCCCCCGCCCAGUCACCGGCCCAGGCACAGCAGCAACCAGGAGUGCAGCCUGGUGGCUCGCAGCCCAAUUCCAAUAUGCCCGCGGCUGACCCUGAGAAACGCAAACUUAUACAGCAGCAGUUGGUGCUUUUGCUGCACGCCCACAAGUGCCAGCGCCGAGAGACGCAAGCCAACGGCGAGAACUGGGCGCAGACCCAGCAGAAGGAGUGCUCCCUCCCUCACUGUAAAACGAUGAAGAAUGUACUGAACCACAUGACAACCUGCCAAGCCGGCAAGUCUUGUGGCGUGCCUCACUGCUCUUCAUCUCGCCAAAUAAUCUCGCACUGGAAGCAUUGUACACGAUCAGACUGUCCCGUGUGUUUGCCUUUGAAGCAGGCGGACAAAAGCAGGGUGAAUCCAAACGCUGUGGCAGCUCAGCCAACACAGCAGCCAAACGCAAGUGAUAUGAGAAGAGCGUACGGCGCUCUGGGCAUCUCUAUGCCGCCGAACGACACGAUCGUAGGUCAGGUGGGCCGAGGCAACCGCCUCCCUGGCAAGCCCGCCGCCGCCGGUCCCCAAGGCUCAACCAUGGGCCAGCCCGGGGCCCCCACGGCCACCGGGCAAGUGCGAAUGCUGGCAGGACAGAACGCGACUGUUGCGCCACCCAAUGUCAACGUUUUGCUUGGCAUCCCGCCCGAUCAGCAGGUGGGCCAGCAGCCGCAGAACCAGCAGCAGGGACAGCAGCCCACCAGCGCUGCGGUCACUAACAUGCAGAAGGCCCUCUUUGGGGGACACGUUGCGCCCAGCGACCCCCUCUCUGCUGGAACUUUCCUUAUGAACCAGCAACAACAGGUCGACGGUCGCCUAUCCGGUCUGCAGGGUCAAGUCACCGCAGCACCUGUUCAAGGAACAAAGGAGUGGCACCAGUCGGUCACGCCAGAUUUACGAAAUCACCUAGUUCAUAAACUAGUUCAAGCAAUAUUUCCUACUCCGGAUCCCCAAGCAAUGAUGGACAAGAGAAUGAAUAAUCUUGUCAACUAUGCCAGAAAAGUUGAAGGUGACAUGUAUGAAAUGGCAAAUUCAAGGUCUGAGUAUUAUCAUCUACUUGCCGAGAAAAUCUACAAGAUUCAAAAGGAGCUUGAGGAAAAACGGCAGCGCAGAAAAGAGCAGCAGCAGCAGCAGCAGCAGCAGCAGCUGAUGCAGCAAUCUCAACAAGGCGUGCGUCCGACCGGUCCUCAGGCAGCAGGUGCACAAUUGCAAACCGUCAAUGCUGCCGCUGGCACGACGAGCGGCCUUGGCAGCCUCUCUCCCGGCAUGAAUCAGUUGAACCCUGGUACCUCUGGCGUGGCGAACGCGCCCCAGCCCCCGCAACAGCAACAACAACAAGCACAACAGCAGCAGCAGCAGCAACAACAACAACAACAGAUGCUGGGAGUGCCACCGACGAUGCAAGGAGCUGGCGUGCGAAUGCAAUUCUUGCGAGGAGCUGUACCAAAUCAGCAGCCCACAAUGGGCAUGGGAAUGGGAGGCAUGACUCCCAACCAGCAGCAACAGGGUGCCAACAACUUCAAUUUGCAAAACCAGCAGCAACAACCCAUGGCUGGCAUGCAACAGCAGCAGCAGCAACAACAACAACAACAACAACAACAACAACAACAACAGCAGCAGCAAUUCUCAGAUUUGAUGAAGAGUAGAUUGGCUACGCCAAACACCACUGCCCCUUCGCAGUUUGCAGCUGCCCAGCAACAGCAGCAGCAACAGCAGUUCAAUAAUAAUCUGAUCAAUUCCCAGCAGCAGCAACAGCAGCAAAUGCAGCAGCAGCAACAGCAGCAGCAACAACAGCAGCAGCAACAACAGCAGCAGCAACAACAGCAGCAGCAACAACAGCAGCAGCAUAACCUGUUGGGAAGCCAGAAGCCGCAAAUGCAGAGCCAGGUGGCAGCUCAACCGCAGCUGAAGCAACUUCCAAAGGCUCCCCUGCGGACGGUGUCCAUGUCCUCACAACACCAAGCCAUCACAGCCGCCCUUACAGCCAAUUCCGAGCCAGAAACGCCUUCAUAUAACAGCAUUGGCAAGGGAGGUGCCGGCAUGGGCAAGGGCGGCGGCGGCAUGGGCAAGGGCAAGCACCAGGAUGACACCCCCACCGGCAAGGACCUUAAGUGCGAUAUGAAGAGCGAACAAGACAUCAAACCUGACCCUGAUGGCGAGUCCAACAAGAUGGAGGAGGGCGACAACGAAAAUGCAGGUCCAUCUGGAGUCAAACGGGAGGUCAAGGACGAACCAAUGUCCAUGGACACGUCUGAGAUGAAGCCUUCCCUCCCUCCAGAGCCCAUUCCCCAGCCGCAAGGCUCGCAUGACAAGAAACGCAAGUGCAUGUUCAAGCCUGAGGAGCUUAGACAAGCUCUUAUGCCCACGCUGGAAAAGCUAUAUAGACUAGACCCAGAGUCGAAUCCGUUUAGACAACCGGUCGAUCCCCAGAACCUGGGCAUACCUGACUACUUUGACAUCGUCAAAAAACCGAUGGACCUGUCCACCAUAAAGCGCAAGUUGGACACGGGCAUGUACCAGGAUCCGUGGGAGUACGUGGACGAUGUGUGGCUCAUGUUCGACAACGCCUGGCUGUAUAAUAGGAAAACCUCCAAAGUCUAUCGAUACUGCACAAAGCUCUCCGAAACGUUCGAGGUGGAAAUCGAUCCUGUGAUGCAAAGUCUGGGAUACUGCUGUGGGCGAAAGUACACUUUCAACCCACAAGUGCUGUGUUGCUAUGGCAAGCAGCUCUGUACAAUACCGCGUGAUGCCAAGUAUUUCAGCUAUCAAAGCAGCUUGAAAUAUGGCAUUGCUGCAAACAGAUACACCUACUGCCAAAAGUGCUUCAAUGAGAUUCCUGGCGACUCCGUCACCCUGGGGGAUGACCCGGCGCAGCCACAAACGAUCAUCAAGAAGGACCAGUUUAUAGAAAUGAAGAAUGAUAAUCUCGAAUUGGAGGCAUUUGUUGAGUGCCUUGACUGCGGGCGCAAACUGCAUCAGAUCUGCGAGCUGCACAUGGAGAAUAUUUGGCCCAAUGGCUUUACGUGCUCUCAUUGUCUUAACAAACAAGGCAAAAAACGGAAAGACAACAAGUUCAAUGCUAAGAAACUUCCUAUAACGAAACUCGGCACCUACAUUGAAGCUCGAGUGAACAACUUCCUGAAGAAGAAGGAAGCCGGAGCCGGAGAGGUUUCCAUCAGAGUGGUGUCCAGCUCUGAUAAAAUCGUGGAAGUGAAGCCGGGCAUGAAGUCAAGAUUUGUAGAUCCUGGAGAUCUUCCCGACCAGUUCCCCUACCGAGCCAAAGCACUCUUUGCAUUUGAAGAGAUCGACGGCGUGGAUGUCUGCUUUUUCGGCAUGCAUGUGCAAGAGUAUGGCUCCGAGUGUCCAAACCCGAACACGAGGAGGGUGUACAUUGCCUACCUCGACUCUGUGCACUUCUUCAAGCCGCGCCAGUUCAGGACGGCCGUCUACCACGAAAUCCUGCUUGGCUAUCUGGACUAUGUGAAGCAACUCGGCUACACGAUGGCCCACAUUUGGGCGUGUCCGCCUUCGGAGGGUGAUGAUUACAUCUUCCACUGUCACCCGCCAGAGCAGAAGAUCCCAAAGCCCAAGAGGCUGCAGGAGUGGUACAAGAAGAUGCUGGACAAGGGCAUCAUCGAGAGAGUUGUUCUUGACUACAAAGACAUCCUGAAGCAGGCGCUAGAGGACAAGCUCAGCUCAGCCGCCGAACUGCCCUACUUUGAAGGCGAUUUCUGGCCCAACGUUCUCGAAGAGAGCAUUAAAGAGCUGGACCAGGAGGAAGAGGAGAAGCGCAAGCAGGCCAAGGCCGCUGAAGCGGCCGCCGCAGCUGCCGCCAGUGCUGAUGAAAGUGAUGCCGGCCCCGACGGCAAGAAGAAGGGCCAGAAGAAGGCCAAAAAGUCCAACAAGUCAAAGGCCAACCAGCGCAAAAAUAGCAAAAAGUCAAAUUCCCUGCAAACUGGCAACGACCUCUCAACUAAGAUUUUCGCCACAAUGGAGAAACACAAAGAGGUCUUCUUUGUGAUAAGGCUUCAUUCUGCCCAGUCAGCAGCUAGUCUGCAGCCUAUUCAAGACCCAGAUCCUCUAAUCAACUGUGAACUUAUGGACGGCCGUGAUGCCUUCCUGACCAUGGCUCGUGACAGACACUACGAAUUCUCUUCGCUGCGUAGAGCAAAAUACUCAACAAUGGCUAUGUUGUAUGAGCUACACAACCAGGGUCAAGAUCGCUUCGUUUACACGUGUAAUAAUUGUAAAAACCACGUUGAGACGAGGUAUCACUGCACUCAAUGUGAUGAUUACGAUCUGUGCGUCCCUUGUUACUUAAAAGAAGGCCACAAUCACAAGAUGGAAAGGCUAGGCUUCGAUCUUGAUGAUGGAUCAUCGCCUGCCGACGCCAAGCAGGCCAACCCACAGGAGGCACGGAAACUGUCAAUUCAGCGGUGCAUCCAGUCUCUGGUGCACGCGUGUCAGUGCCGAGACGCAAACUGCCGGCUGCCGAGCUGCCAGAAGAUGAAGCGAGUGGUGCAGCACACCAAGAUCUGCAAGCGCAAGACGAACGGCGGCUGCCCCAUAUGCAAGCAGUUAAUAGCCCUGUGCUGCUAUCAUGCCAAACACUGCCAGGAGACCAAGUGUCCGGUCCCCUUCUGCUCCAACAUCAAGCAGAAGCUGAAGCAGCAGCAGAUGCAGCAGCGGCUGCAGCAGGCGCAGCUCAUCAGGCGCCGAAUGGCCAUGACCACGCAGAACUCGCGCGGCGCCAUGUCGGUCACGCCGACGGGCGCAGCGCCUGCCGUUAUGGGAAUGGCGCACCAGGGACCAGGAACCCCGCAGGCAGCCAUCAUGGGAAUGCAGUCGCCGCACCACGGCAUCAAGCCCGGCGCCCAACCUCCGCCAGCCAGCGUCCUUCAAGUUGUCAAGCAGGUCCAGGAAGAGGCAGCAAGGCAGCAUGCACCCCUUUCAUAUGGGAAGGUGAACCCGAACGCGGUAGGAGGGCAGCAGACGAUCAUGCCGCCGCCGUCGCAGAUGCAGCGUCCAAUGGGCCAGAUGGGCGCGCAGGGCCCUGGCAUGCAGCAGCAGUCGCCCCUGCCGAGCAUGGGCAUGGACUGGCAGAACCGGUUCGCGCCUGGCAUGCAGACGCCCGGAGGCAUCAGGCCACCAGCCGGGCCGCAGCAGAUGCAGCAGCCAGGCCAGCAGCAGCCGCAGCCCAACCAGAUGAUGGGUCAAAACCUGCAGCAGCAACAACAGAUGAUGGGCGCCGCCGGGCCCCAGAUGGCUGGAGCCGCCGGACCGGGGGUCAUGGGUGCCCAGGCUGGCCCUGGACAGCCGGCCGGCGUGCACCCCAACCAGAAACAGGCCCUCCAGCUGCUCCUGCAGACCCUCAAGUCGCCAAACACGCCCGAGCAGCAGCAGCAGAUCCUGCAAAUCCUGAAGAAGAACCCGCAGCUGAUGGCGGCCUUCAUCAAGCAGCGACAAAUGUACCAACAACAAACCCCUCAGCAGCAGGGCCAAAACCCGCAGGGGCAGCCGCAGCAGCAACAGCAGCAACAGCAACAGCAGUUUGGCUUGCAGCAGGGAGCGCAGCAGGGUGGAGGGAUGCCCCAGGCCGGGCAGCAACAGCAAAUGAUGCAGCAACAGCAACAACACCAACAGAUGGGCGCGGGCGCCAUGCAGCAGCAGCAACAACAACGAAUGCACAUGCAACAGCAGCAGCAGCAGCAACAACAAGGUGGCAUGGGCAGUAACCAGAUGGCGUCUCCACAGAUGAUGAGCCAGCAGCAGUGGUUGCGGAGCCAGCAGCAGAUGAUGGCCUUACGUCAACAGCAGCAACAACAGCAGCAGCAACAACAGCAACAGCAGGGUGGGUUCCAGCAGCCGCCGGCGCCACCAUACACGCAGCGGCCGCAGCGGCAGCAAAUGGGCUUCGGGCAGCAGCACGGCUUCGGCGGCACCGACCAGUACAGCCAGCAGCAGUUCCCGACGCCGCAACAGCAGGGUGGUGUCGGGGGGCAGCAGGUGCGGCCCCCCAUGUCGCCACAGAUGAUGGCUCCGCCGCUGCAGCAGCAGCAGCAGCAACUGAUGCAGGUGCGUUCGCCUCCACCCAACGUGGCCCGGUCGCCGCAGCCGAACGCGUCGCCCCGCACAGGCGGCCCCCCAUCCGUGGGGGCGGCCGGCUCCGGGGGAGGCUCGGGGCCCAUCCCCUCACCUCGCACGCACGCCAUCCCCUCGCCGCGCAGCCAGCCCGUGCCGUCGCCGCACCCGCACCACACACCCACACACAGCCCCCACCCUAGCAUGGGAGGCGGCGUUGGAGGCGGCGGAGACACCGGCCCCUCAGAGAUGAUGCUGUCGCAGCUGCAGGCCGGCCAGCACCAGAUGCCGCCGCUGCAGUCACCGCAGCAGCUCGGCGGGCUGGGCGGCGGCGGCGACGUCUCGGACGCCAACGCCAUCACGCCGCAGGACCAGCUGACCAAGUUUGUCGAGCAGCUGUAGUCCCCGACAUUGACACCACUGGCGUUUUAGCACCGAUUUUACUCGCGCUUCCCCGAAGCGGACGCAAACAUGGCUGUGCGUAGGCAACACGAUUAGUGCCCCCUUGGUUGGACCCCUUCAAACCCCCUUUUCCCUCGCGGAGCAGCUAUUCUUACACCCCCGCCGCCCAUUUUUCAUUCUCUCUCAAGAUCUCAUCUCUGAGCGUACACUGAUUGUGUCUGGAGGACUUUCUCUAACGUUUAUAUACGAACAAGUGGUUGUGAUCGACUUUUACUGCAGUGGCCUGUGGCAAUUAUCUCGAGUUGCACAAUAAUGAUGAUGACGGACCUCUACCUCUCAAUUCAUCUGUAUUUACUUUUAAUUUAUUGGACGUUGAUGACAAUGAUGUGUCAAACUUGACCUCCUGCACUCACACACACUAACACAAACAAACACACACACACACAUACACACAAAAACACACAAACACAAACGCGAAAUACACAUUCCAACCCUUGACCACUUUGUUUAGUACGGCAUCGAAGCAAGUGCGCCCCCCUCCCCCGCCGCUGCCCUCCUCUCUUAAUUUAUCAAAUCAAGACUCGCUCGCUUGGACGGUUUGUUGUUCGAAAAUGAAUGAAUCGCGCUCAAUGUACAGUGUAAAGUGUUGAGUUUACUGAUUAAUUGAAUUGUACAUAAUAAUUAUGCAAGUGCUAACAAGGUUACUGACUUUUGAGGUAGAGAGACAAAGAAUUAAGGAAAGAAAGGAAGCAACCGCUUUUGCUAAUAAUGUAAUUAUUGAAUUACCCCUGUAAUUAUUAUUACGUCUCAUCAUUACCGGACUAAUAAUUGUUGUUAUUUAUUAAUGAUUUGUGGUAUUUUUAGGCUUUGAUUUGCGCGCGCCUGUUACCCAGUUCAUAGAUAUUUUAUAAGAGAACACAGACACAAACAACUUGGACAUAUUAUUGAUACUGCUGUCUUCUGUAGCCAUUAUCUGAAUGAGCAUUCGAUGAUUUUAUAAUAAACCUUGAAAUAUGUAAGUUUA